UCUUAAAAAAAAAUGUGAGCAUCAAGGUUAAGUAGAAGUCAUUAGCUCAAACUUUAAGGAUGAUAUCAGGUUAAAGUUGGGCCCAUGAGAAGAGAAUGAGAGGGAGAUAUAGUGACAUGAAAAUAAGGAGGAAAACGAGGUGUCUAUGUUAGUUGGGCUCACCAUAAAUACAAAGGCAACCCUUAGGGAAAAGCAAAGAAGUCUUUGCACAUCCUCAGAACUCUGAAUGUCUUAGUGAUGCUGUAUGAGGGAGUCUUAAUGAUAGUGAACUGAAUCAGUCAAGCCAGGUUGUGUCCAUAUGAGAAUGUGUCUUUGCUAAACAUGCCAACAUCACUGAAGCAAAGAAACUUGGAGUUUUCUUUAAGAUAUAGGUCUUUUUUACCUAUCCGGCCCAAGCUUUCUCUUCUUGUCACUCCAUGCACUGUGUUCCGUGUGCUAAAUAGUUUGAGAAACCCAAAUGGGCCAUGUUCGCCUACAUUUCAUUGUCCUGUACUUCCUGUCCUGUACUAGCAAAGCAGUCCCAUUGGUCUUUCUUCUCCUCAUUAACAAUAAAGGUAACACUUUUGAAGUUGUUUCUUCAGAAAACCUUCAUUCAUCAAAACCGCCUCAAAGAUCAUGUUUGUUUGAUUCCAGAACUUCCUGUAAUUACCUGUAUUGUAACACUCAUCACUGUAUUUUACUUACUUGUGUAACUAAUUUUCCAUAUUCUUCACUAGACAACAAAGUCCCUUAAGUCAGGUACUGUAUCUAUUUACAUAGCAUUCACAUCUCCUACAAUAAGUGACAUUACCAGAUAAACAACACAUAUUAAAUGAAUAAUGAAGUUUCUGAAAUACUACAGUUGAAAACUAUAGGAGCUACAUUAUAUAGAAUAAACAUUUACUUUGCUAUAGAAUUCAGUGUAACCCAGGCAUUACUUUAACCUCAAGUCUUAGGUUGGUUGGAGAAAGAUAACAAAAAGAAACAUGAUUGUGCAGAAACAGACAAACCUUUUUGGAAAGCAUUUGAAAAUGGCAUUCCCCCUCCACAGUGUGUUCACAGUGUGGGCAAAUUCACUGCUCUGUCGUACUUUCUGAAAAUGAAGAACUGUUACACCAAGGUGAAUUAUUUAUAAAUUAUGUACUUGCCCAGAAGCGAACAGACUUUUACUAUCAUAAGAACCCUUCCGUGGUGCUCUUUAUCUACAGAAUCCAAGACCUUUCAAGAAAGGUCUUGGAUUCUUUUCUUCAGGACACUAGGACAUAAAGCCACCUUUUUAUGAUUUGUUGAAAUUUCUCACUCCAUCCCUUUUGCUAGUGAUCAUGGGUCCUCAGAGGUCAGACUUGGUGUCCUUCGAUAAAGAGCAUGAAGCAAGGGUGGCUGAACCAGUGUUUGAACCCAGAUGCUCUUUCCACUAAGCAUACAACUUUCCAUUAGAUAACACCUCCCUCCCACCCCAACCAAGCAGCUCCAGUGCACCACUUUCUGGAGCAUAAACAUACCUUAACUUUACAACUUGAGUGGCCGUGAAUACUGUUCCUAUCUGGAAUGUGCUGUUCUCUUUCAUCUUCCUCUAUUGAAGCUCUCCUAUUCCUCAAUGCCCUGCUCCAACUGCCUUUGGAAGAUUCUGCUCUUAUGCCUCCACUGGAAUUAAUGUCUUAGUACCACUUGUCUAUUCUGCUAUAUAGUCAGUCCUUACAUUGCUUUCUUCUUCUGAUAGACCAAACUCUUUAAGGACAAGUACCUAGUCUUAUCUAUUUCUAGAUCCCCCACAUUACUCAGAAAGUUACUCCAUAAAUGUUUGUGGAACUGAUUUCUAUGUGAAGCACAUGUGCCCCUUCACUCUGUUAACAUGCAUUAGAAAACCAAAUCUUUUGAAAAGUUGUAGUAUGCCCCCUAAGAGCAGUAACAGUUCCUAGAAACUCUCCAAAAUGCUUAGAAAAAGAUUUAUUAUAAAUUACCUCCCUAAUAAAAUGAUUGGCUGGCUUAUCUUCACCAUCAUGAUAGCAUCUGUAAUUAACUGAAAAAAAAUAAUUAUGCCAUUAAAAGAAAAUCAUCCAUGAUCUUGUUCUAACACCUGCCACUCUAGUACUAUAUCUGUCACAUGGUACUAUGAUAAAGUUAUCUAGAAAUAAAAAAGGGAUACAAUUGAUAAUUCACCAAAUUGUGGAGCUUCAGUAUUUUAAAUGUAUAUUAAAAUUAAAUUAUUUUAAAGAUCAAAGAAAACUUUCAUCAUACUGCAUAUUUGAUAAGGAACAAAUAGGAAGUGUGAUGACUCAGGUUUGCCCUGAGGGGAUGGGCCAUCAGUUGCAAAUUGUGGAAUUUCCUCUGACAUAAUGAAAAGAUGAGGGUGCAUAAGUUCUCUAGUGGGGCGAUGAUAUAAAAAGCCACCGGAGCACUCCAUAAGGCACGAACUUUCAGAGACAGCAGAGCACACAAGCUUCUAGGACAAGAGCCAGAAAGAAACCACCGGAAGGAACCAUCUCACUGUGUGUAAACAUGACUUCCAAGCUGGCCGUGGCUCUCUUGGCAGCCUUCCUGAUUUCUGCAGCUCUGUGUGAAGGUGCAGUUUUGCCAAGGAGUGCUAAAGAACUUAGAUGUCAGUGCAUAAAGACAUACUCCAAACCUUUCCACCCCAAAUUUAUCAAAGAACUGAGAGUGAUUGAGAGUGGACCACACUGCGCUAAUACAGAAAUUAUUGUAAAGCUUUCUGAUGGAAGAGAGCUCUGUCUGGACCCCAAGGAAAACUGGGUGCAGAGGGUUGUGGAGAAGUUUUUGAAGAGGGCUGAGAAUUCAUAAAAAAAAUUCAUUCUCUGUGGUAUCCAAGAAUCAGUGAAGAUGCCAGUGAAACUUCAAGCAAAUCUACUUCAACACUUCAUGUAUUGUGUGGGUCUGUUGUAGGGUUGCCAGAUGCAAUACAAGAUUCCUGGUUAAAUUUGAAUUUCAGUAAACAAUGAAUAGUUUUUCAUUGUACCAUGAAAUAUCCAGAACAUACUUAUAUGUAAAGUAUUAUUUAUUUGAAUCUACAAAAAACAACAAAUAAUUUUUAAAUAUAAGGAUUUUCCUAGAUAUUGCACGGGAGAAUAUACAAAUAGCAAAAUUGAGGCCAAGGGCCAAGAGAAUAUCCGAACUUUAAUUUCAGGAAUUGAAUGGGUUUGCUAGAAUGUGAUAUUUGAAGCAUCACAUAAAAAUGAUGGGACGAUAAAUUUUGCCAUAAAGUCAAAUUUAGCUGGAAAUCCUGGAUUUUUUUCUGUUAAAUCUGGCAACCCUAGUCUGCUAGCCAGGAUCCACAAGUCCUUGUUCCACUGUGCCUUGGUUUCUCCUUUAUUUCUAAGUGGAAAAAGUAUUAGCCACCAUCUUACCUCACAGUGAUGUUGUGAGGACAUGUGGAAGCACUUUAAGUUUUUUCAUCAUAACAUAAAUUAUUUUCAAGUGUAACUUAUUUACCUAUUUAUUAUUUAUGUAUUUAUUUAAGCAUCAAAUAUUUGUGCAAGAAUUUGGAAAAAUAGAAGAAGAAUCAUUGAUUGAAUAGUUAUAAAGAUGUUAUAGUAAAUUUAUUUUAUUUUAGAUAUUAAAUGAUGUUUUAUUAGAUAAAUUUCAAUCAGGGUUUUUAGAUUAAACAAACAAACAAUUGGGUACCCAGUUAAAUUUUCAUUUCAGAUAAACAAAAAAUAAUUUUUUAGUAUAAGUACAUUGUUGUUUAUCUGAAAUUUUAAUUGAACCAACAAUCCUAGUUUGGUACUCCCAGUCUUGUCAUUGCCAGCUGUGUUGGCAGUGCUGUGUUGAAUUACGGAAUAAUGAGUUAGAACUAUUAAAACAGCCAAAACUCCACAGUCAAUAUUAGUAAUUUCUUGCUGGUUGAAACUUGUUUAUUAUGUACAAAUAAAUUCUUAUAAUAUUAUUUAAAUGACUGCAUUUUUAAAUACAACGCUUUAUAUUUUUAACUUUCAGAUGUUUUUAUGUGUUCUCCAAAUUUUUUUUACUGUUUCUGAUUGUAUGGAAAUAUAAAAGUAAAUAUGAAACAUUUAAAAUAUAAUUUGCUGUCAAAGUAA